AAGACAAAGUUAACGUGUGUCACGAAGCGAAGGCAUGGAGAGCAUGGUGCUUGCGGCGAGAGCUAUCAGGCUACGGAUUGCCGGUAGUCACACCCCAUCUUCUCUACAGGAGCGACCAUUCAAGAUUCUGGGACUGCAGCAGGUCGCCAUCGGCGGACUUGAGAAGAAGGCCUUGGCACGGCUGUGGAGUGACACGCUUGGGGUGGAGAAGGUCGGGUCGUACGAGAGCAAAAAGGAAAACGUCCGUGAGGACAUCCUGAAGCUCGGGCAUGGUGUGAAUGCUGUCGAGAUCGAUCUGAUGGAACCCCUUGAUCCCACAAUACCUCCAAGGGUGCAGACUCCCGCGCUCAACCACAUCGGGCUGUGGGUUCAUCCACUCCCCGAGUGCGUGGAGUGGCUGACACGGCAAGGAAUGCGUUUCACUCCCGGCGGCAUUAGGCAGGGUGCCUCUGGUCACGAUGUGGCUUUUAUACACCCAAAAGGGGACGUGAAUUUUCCCCUCUCCGGGGAAGGGGUGUUGAUUGAGCUUGUUCAGGCGCCACCCGAUAUUGUUGCGAAUGCGGAGAGGCAAUAGUAAUCUUGCCUUGCUUGGUGUAAUCGCAUGCUCGUGCGGUGUCGCUGCAGUUGGUGCUAAACACUCAGCAGCGUUGGAAGCACAAUAUGGCUUGUGUAAACUGGUGUGCGCGGGGGCAUUUGGGUGUU